AUGAAAAUCGAUUUGAGAUUUUCAGAUCUGCUAUGGGAAUCUGCAGGAUUGACUAAUAAGGCAAAGGAAUCGUGGAAUGAGGGAGACGAGAGGCUGUUGGUGGCAGUGCAUGAGCAGCUGGGAAACCGGUGGUCGGAGAUUGCGAAGCGGAUUCCCGGCCGGUCGGAGAACUCGAUCAAGAACCACUGGAACGCCACCAAGAGACGGCUGUUCUCCAAGAGGAGAAUGAGGUCGUCGUCGUUGCAGGACGCCGGGAGCAGCCUCGCCGGCGGGAGGAGGAGUUCGGUUAACGUCGACAUUCCGCCGCCGCCGCCGCCGCCGGCAGCGGCAGGCGAUGAGCAAGACAGCCGCGAUUCUCCGUCGAUCUUGACGGAGACGUACGAUGAUGAGAUGAAAUUCAUGCAGAAACUGUUCGGUACCUCCUCGUCAUCCUCGACAUCGCCGACGGCGGCUAACAAUGGCUCCCGGAGCAUUAACAGCGCUGAAUUCGCCGCGUUUGGGCGGAGGACUAAUGAAGUAGACAGCGUGCCGGAGGAAGAAAGCUGGAGCACCUAUCUGGCAUCCGAUCCAAACUUAUACGAAAUGGGCGGUGCUGAUCAAAUCAACUCAUCACCUCCACAAGCUCCCGCCGCUAACAACACAAACUCCGGCGCCGGGUAUGGCAGGGCCGCCGGUUCUCACCGUGGAGCCCCACCCUUGAACCGCUGGUGUUCCUCCGCCACCGCCGCCGCAAUGGAUAUGGAUUUGAUGGACUUGGUGUCUGCAGCUUCUUCUUCUCACUACCCCCAUGGCUAUGGAAGCUGCUGCACCAAAACCCCACGCCAAAUGUUCUAA